AGGAUUUGACAAAAAAGGACGAAGUCCUCUGGACUUUGUGAGUAAAUUCACAAAUGCGAUUCCUCGAAAUUAAUUUAUUGGCACUAAUUAUGGCGGUAAGCCUGCAAAAUAUAGAAUGCAAAAUGGAUUUUGCACAAUUAUCGAAGGCCGGAAAGGCAUUUCGAAAAUCAUGCCAAAGAGAAAGUAAUUGUCCUACUGAUUUGAUCACUAAUGCAAGAUUGAAUGGAGAUUUUCCGCCGGUACCAGAACUAAAGUGUUACUUCAAAUGCCUAUUUCAAGCCAUGAAAAUAAUCAGGGAUGACAAAUUUUCAGAAGAAGCUAUGAAUUCGCAAAUGGCUUUAAUGCUUACCGAAGAUUUGGCAAAAUCACUGGAUGCAAUGGCUGCCCAUUGCAUACCACAAAUAAAGUCUUCAGAGAUAUGUGAGGCAUCAUAUGAACUCACAAUAUGUGGCUAUAACUACAACGCUUCGCUCUAUUUCUUCCCAUGAUGACUUAUUCUAUCAAAUUCUACCUGACUUUAUAUCUCUAUCAUCGGAAUUGUUAAAAAACAGGGUGAAAGGAUGGAGGUAUAAAAAAUUAAUCUAUAGACUGGGCGUGAUGACUUAAAAUGCAUACUGAAAUUGAAAAAAAUUAUAUGUCGAUUUUUGCUCAUAAUGGAAGAACUGCUGCUAAUCCUUUCAACUCCGAAUUUUUAUCAACCUCUUCAUGAUGAUCGUCAAACCGCACUUUUCUAGGUGCUAUACUGUUUUAUAUUUUUGUGUAAAUAAAAACUAUUGUGAUUUUACAGAU